UCCUGACAGCUGAGAGCUCGAUCAUGAUGGUUUCUGAUAGUUUGUACUGUACGCUGUGGAUGUUAUCGUUUUUUGGCCAGUAUUUAGGAGAAGACCUGCAGUUUUCUGGUCCGGCUAAUGGAGCAGUAGGAGGAAGUGUGGUGUUCGCUCCUGAUAACCCGCCCUCCACAACACUUAAUAUAGUUCAGUGGCAGUUUGGAACAACUCUUAUAUUGAUAGCACAGUCUGAUUCAACUACAAUAGUCCCAGAAUACAGUGACAGAGUCAGUUUUGACAGAAACACUCUCGCUCUGGAGCUCUGGGACCUGAGACUGGAUGAUUCUGGAAUAUACAGACUGACUGUAGUAACUAGUGCUGGAGAGACACUUACAGGAGAAACUUCACUACAAGUGUUUGAAAAUAUAACUAAUGUCAGACUUAUUGGUCCAGAAGAAUUAUUAAUAGAGGGAGAAUCAUCUGCUAACAUCAGCUCUGUGGGAACUGGCAGCAUCACCUCUGUGCAGUGGAUGAAAGAUAACAGUCCUCUGUCUCCUAGCAACAGCAUCAUCUUCUCAUCUGAUAACAGAUCAGUGUCCAUCAGUCCAGUGCAGAGAUCAGACAGUGGAGAAUAUCAAUGUACAUACAGAAACCCUGCCAUCUCUGAGACGGCAACACUCAGCCUGAUCAUCAACUAUGGACCAGAAGAUGUUUCUAUUAAGGGUGAGGAUGUGGUGGAUUUAGGUGUUCGCGUGUCGCUCUCUUGCUCUGCAAAUUCUGAACCUGCUGCCUCAUUCAGCUGGAAGAUUAAUGAAACAGACACUGAUGUGACCACAGACACAUUCACCAUAGAUUAUACUGACUUCACACACAGUGGAGAUUACAUCUGCACAGCCUGGAAUAAUGUCACAAAGAGAAGCGCCACACAACAACAUACUUUACUAGUUAAAGGAGGAGGAGGAGGAGGGCUGUCAUCAGGGGCGAUAGCUGGGAUUGUCAUUGGGGUUUUAGUGGCAGUUGCAGGCAUUUGUGGUCUGACUGUCUAUUUAAUAAAGGCUAAGAAAAUCCCAAAGUUAAACCAACAACAAAAAAGACAAGCAAGUGGAGCAGCACAAAGCAGAGAGGAGACAAAGGCUAGAGGAGAUGGAACGGUUCCAGGGAAGAUGAGUGAACAUAUAUACGAGAAUGACAAACAUGAAAAUGUGUAUGAGAAUGUAAAACUUGAAGAUUCAAGAAGGCCAAGGGCUCCUACUCCUCCUCAGGUAUCAAACCCUCCUCCUGUGCGCGGGUGAGGAAGUGAAGACACUGAAAAGCAUCUACUGCAAGAUGAUCUAUCAGGCUGUAUAAUACUUUUUCUGUUCUUUUUUUUUUUUUUUUACAAUUUAAAGAUAAAACAUUUGUAUAUGCCAUAUUACUGAAAUAUUAUAAA